UUCCUGCCCUGUGGUGAGGUGAGCCAUGGGCCGCUCAGUGCCCGCCUACCCCAGCCACAAUGACCGCGCCAGUCCCCGGCCCGGACCCAGGGUCAAGCCAGAGGGGGAGCCCAACUAUGAAAAGAACAGAGGCACGGUGAAGCAAAAAGUGUUUGACGACAAAGCGCCUUUGGUGAUCACUCCAAAGCCAAGUCCUAGAUGUCCGACCUCUGCUUCGCGGAGCAACUACAAGCAGGGCUGGUUCGGCAAUGUGGCGCCCAUGUUGAACGGCACUGCAACACCCCGCCCCCACACUGCCCCACCUCGAGUGAAGCCAGACGGAGAAGCAACAGCAGAAGUGAGCAAGGGCGGCAGGAUGAAGGUGAUCGUCAACGAGUACGCCAAACGACCUGCCACGCCCCGGAAGCCGCGCGUCAAACCGGAAGCGGAAGAGACCGCAGAAGUCAGCAAGGGUGGCAGAAUGAAUAACCUUCUGCACAAAUACGGCACCCUGCCCCUGUCUGCACGCGCCGUCCCGCGGAUAAAGCUGGAAGCUGAAGAAAUCGCUGAGGUCAGCAAAGGUGGUGCGAUGAGAAACACGAUUCACAACUUCGGCAAGAACAAACGCUCACCGAGACCCGAACCACGGGUCAAACCGGAAGCCUUCGACAACGCCGAGCUGGACAAAGGAAAAAGAAUGGAGAUCAUCGUCAACAAAUACGGCCGCGGCCCCCUCAGCUCUAGGGCAGUUCCCAGGGUGAAGGUCGAGGGCGAGUCCAACGCGAGUUUAGACAGGGGUUUCAGGAUGAAUCUUCUCAUGCAUAAUCCUAGAGGUAUUCCGGGCACACCCCGGCCAGCCCCGAGAACGAAUACGUCGCAGGCGAAGGAAAACGCUUUCAAAGGUCGGGGUAGUAUGGACAAAAUUUUCACUCAGAUUGCAAAGAAAUCGUUUAUCUAUAUUCCCGGGCAGCAGAGUCGGCAGUACAUGAGAGCGAGCAUUGGAUGAUCAAAAAGGACUUGACUUGAACACCACCUCCCCUUCCCCAACAACUUCAUCUCUUGGCCUUGAUUCAUUCAUUACUUUGAUUACGUAAUCCAUCCAUGAUUUCAAAUCGCAAUUCAUUCAAGAAAUUAUAUUGUUGAUGUGCGUC